CACUUAUUCCAAUGUGAGAAACAAGAGUUGAGAGACUGACAUCAAGAACUGAACUGAUCUUUGUGAAUAAAACGAUGUGGACUUUGAUUCUCUUCAUUUGUUCCAUUCCUGUUUCAGGUGCUUUAUGGGCAGAAAAAAAUGCAAUGGGAAUUUUGGGAAGAGCGAUCACAAUAUCUUGUCACUAUGAAGCACGGAGGUACCAGCCAAGCAUGAAAUAUUGGUGUCAUGGAUGGACUCGUCAGUGUAAGGUUAUAGCAACGACAAAUUGGCCAAAUGGGAGAAUAUCAAUCAAUAACAAAACACAAGGAAUAUUUCUUGUCACAAUCACGAAUCUUCAAUGGGGAGAUGCAGGAUGGUACAGCUGUGGGAUCGAGACUCCUGGCCUUGACCCAAUGUUUAAUGUAAAGCUGAACAUCUCUGACGAAGCCGUUUCUGUUCCUGGGCUUCAAUAUUUAUCCCAAACAAAUGUCUCAUGUUCUGGGGGUUCAGUGACAGUCUCCUGUGAGUCUGCCCAGGGAUCCCUCCCCAUUCACUACACAUGGUCUGAGAAGAUGCCAUCUCAAGAUUCAAAGAUCUCUUACACCAAUAAACUGGAUCUACAUUGUCAAUCCUUCACACAGCGACAUCAUCAAUAUUACUGCACAGCCUCAAAUACUCAGGGAACAAAAUCCAGUGAAAUUGUUCAUGUGUCAGUCAACAAGGUAAGAGAGAAGAACUGCAGUUACAGGAUACAGACCAACAGCAUCAUUACGUUGCCUGGGAUGUGAUACGCUGGGUACUCUUCACUCUCCUGGUGAUUUGUUCUGUUUCAGUCACGAUGUUUAC